GUUUAAAUAUCACACACCUACUUUCUUUUCCCACAACAACACAAUCCAUUCUCAUUUUCUUGCAACUCUUUCAUAUCACACAACACCAACAUUAAAGUGCUAAACAAUGGACGGCCAAGAUCUUUCGCCGUCUCAACUAGACACAUCUCGGCCGUCCCUAGGAUUUCCACUUGGCACUGCCCUACUCUUGAUCAUCAUCUUCAGCUUAAGUGGUAUCUUCUCAUGUUGCUACCAUUGGGAAAAGUUUCGUUCAUUUCAUCAAUCACUCUCUGAUCUUGAAGCUGCACAAGCAUACGCCCACACCCAAUCGCCACCCUCCACGGAAAAGAAGGGGCAGAGCUUGACGGUGUUGAUGCCAGGGGAUGAAGUGCCCAAGUUUAUAGCUAUGCCUUGCCCAUGUCAGCCGUUGCGGCUAGAAGAGAUUGUUGUCAACAUGGAGAAGCGGCCGUCUAAACCACCGUGACGACCACCGUGGCAUGUUAAACUUUUAAUUAUUGAUUAUUAAUUUACCUGAUGUGUAUAUAAUGAAUAUGCAUUUUGCCAACAAUUGUUGUAUAUCCCUUUGAAUUGGCAAGUUUUGCUGAAUCAUGAAUCAGUAAGUAUUUAUAAAAAGUUAUAUUUUGUUAA